AUGCUGAAAAGUUACGGCAGGAAAACUGUGCUCUCCAUUGCGGGAGCGACUGUCACCUGUCUUGUGGUGCUCUUGGUAAUUGCACAGCACCAACGAGUUGAAGUGGACGGGAUGCAGAAUGAGAGAGAGAUAGGACUGCGUUCCCUUCAAAGUCUAAGAGAGCAGGGGACAGACUAUGUGGCUGGCCAAGAUACGACAGUGAGUCGGUCACCGGGAAACGGCGAAUCGGAGAUUAAAAAGGGAUUCUCGGCGUACUUUUCCAAACUGACACGGGGUAGGAGAGAAGCGGAGAAACCCACACUGUCUGUGAGCGCGGCGACAAAUGCAGCACCAGUCGAGGACAUCACCGCCGAUGACAUCUUCAUUGCGGUCAAGACCACCAAGAAGUUCCACAAGUCCAGGCUAGAUCUUCUGCUUGACACUUGGAUUUCAAGAAACAUGAAACAGACGUACAUCUUCACAGAUGGGGAAGAUGAAGAGCUGAAGAAGAAAAUUGGCAGUCACGCCAUCAACACCAACUGCUCCGCCGCUCACAGCCGCCAGGCUCUCUCCUGCAAAAUGGCUGUGGAGUACGACAAGUUCAUCGAGUCAGGCAAAAAGUGGUUUUGCCAUGUAGAUGAUGAUAACUAUGUAAACGUGAGGAGUUUGGUGAAGCUUCUGUCAAACUAUCCUCACACCCAGGACAUGUACAUCGGAAAACCCAGUUUGGAUCGGCCCAUCGAAGCCACCGAGAGACUCGGAGACAACAAGAUGAGACCCGUCAAUUUCUGGUUCGCUACUGGAGGAGCAGGCUUCUGUGUGAGUCGAGGCCUUGCCCUGAAGAUGAGUCCAUGGGCAAGUGGCGGCCAUUUCAUGAACACUGCGGAAAAGAUCCGUCUCCCAGAUGACUGCACCAUCGGUUACAUCAUCGAGUCGGUUCUGGGUGUGCCUUUAACCCGCAGCAACCUAUUUCACUCUCAUCUGGAGAAUCUGCAACAGGUGUCCAGAGCAGAGCUUCACAAACAGGUUACGCUAAGUUACGGAAUGUUCGAGAACAAGAGGAAUAUCAUCAGCAUGAAAGGGGCUUUUCCCAUUGAGGAGGACCCUUCCAGGUUUAAGUCAGUGCACUGUUUGUUUUACCCAGACACUCCGUGGUGUCCUCCUCAGGUUGCUUAUUAAAAGUGACCGGCUCCUCUGUUGGUAUCCUCGUCCCUCACUGCCUCGGUAUCUGUAAGGCAGGUGGGACCAGUGUGGUAUUUGGGCUGUGUGGACGCUGUAUUUUUGAUGCAGGGGCACACGGCUUCUUGUGGUUAUUCUGGACUGCUGUGCGGUCUGCUUUUGGACGUUUCCUUCCUGGCUGGUGCUUCAGUUUCCUCCCUUGGCCAAAGGGCAGUGGAGCAGAGAGCCCCAGCAGAAAGGAGUUUUUCAGCAUCAGUCUUC